AUGGCACUUACUGAGGAGUGCACCUCAAGGGUCCAGAACAAGCUUCCUCAAAAGCUUAAGGAUCUUGGCAGUUUCACCAUUCCGGUGCGCAUUGGCUUGAGAGCUCCAAGGCCAACUACUGUGAUGUUGCAGCUGGCUGAUAGAUCAAUAGCACACCCCGAGGCUGACUUCAUAAUCCUGGAUUAUGAGGCUGACGAACUGGUCCCAAUCAUAUUGGGGCAACCUCUCUUGGCUACUGGCGAUGCAAUCAUUAAAGUGAGAGACGGAAAAAAGAUUUUGAGGGUGGAUGAUGAGGAAGCAGUCUUUAAUGUGUACAAAGCAAUCCAACUUCCCCGCCACUAUGAGGAGCUCUCAAUGAUAUCUGUUGUUGAGGCUGAUGAGCAAAUUCAUGACCCAAGUGUAUAUCUAGACGAUUCUCUAGAGAAAGCACUUAUGUUGUUUGAUAGCCUAGGGAGUGAUGAUGAGGUUGAGGAGAUGAUGCACAUCUUAGAUACAUCUUGUGCGCACAUGCAAGGGAUACACCCCUUUGAGCCUUUGAAUAGGCCAGAAGGACCUCCUCCAAAGUUGCUUGAGAAAGAUGUCUCCUUCAAGUUCGAUGAUGCCUGUCUGAAAGCAUUUGAGGAGCUGAAGGGAAGGCUAGUGACUGCACCAAUUAUCAUUGCCCCGGAUUGGGAGCAACCCUUUGAGUUGAUGUUAGAAAAUCGGAGCCAUGUAGCUGAAGGUGGGUCUAUCAAGGAAACAUUUCCUGAUGAGCAGUUAUUGGCAAUCACCUCAAAUGAAGCCCCAUGGUAUGCAGAUUAUGUGAAUUUCAUUGCAAGUGGGGUGACAUCACCGAAAUUGACACCUAAUAAUAGAAGAAGGUUUCUACAUGAUGUGAGGUUUUAUAUGUGGGAUGAGCCAUUCUUAUACCGGCUAUGCGCAGAUCAGUUGGUGCGAAGAUGUGUUCCAGAAGAAGAGAUGAAUGCAAUAUUGCAUGACUGUCACGCGUCACCAUACGGAGGACAUCACGGGGGAGAUAGGACCGCCUAG